AUGGAUUCUCAUUUACUUGAUCAAGGCUUUCAAAGAAGUCCUAAUGAGCCAACUUUAUAUGUGAAGCACACCAAAGGCAAGAGUUUGCUUAUUGUCUCUUUGUAUGUUGAUGAUUUAUUGGUAACAGGUGACAACUUAGAGGAAAUUCAAAGAUUCAAAGAAAGGGUUAUGCAUGAAUUUGAAAUGUCAGAUCUUGGUUUGAUGAAGUAUUUUCUUGGCAUUGAAGUCGACCAAUCUGAAAGUGGAAUAUUCAUCUCUCAGCACAAAUAUGCCCUUGAUAUGUUGAAGAAAUUCAGUAUGGAGAAUUGCAAAUCAGUUGCAACUCCAUUGGUGCUGAAUGAGAAGCUUCAUAAAGAUGAUGGGGAACCAAAAGUAGAAGGUUCUACUUUCAGAAGUCUAAUUGGCAGCUUGUUGUAUUUGACUGCUACAAGGCCUGAUUUGAUGUUUUCAGCUAGUCUUUUAUCUAGAUUCAUGCAAUCUCCAAGUCAGAAGCAUUUUGGUGUUGCUAAAAGGGUCCUCAGGUAUUUGAAAGGUACUGCAAACUAUGGUAUUUAUUAUACCAAUGUUGAGGAUGCUACUUUGAUUGGCUAUUCAGAUAGUGAUUGGGCUGGUUGCUUGGAUGAUUAUAAAAGCACCUCUGGUUAUGUUUUUUCCUUUGGGUCUGGAGCCUUCACUUGGAAUUCAAGGAAACAAGACAUUGUUGCUCAAUCCACAGCAGAAGCAGAGUAUGUUGCAGCUGCAUCUACUGCCAAUCAAGCCAUUUGGUUAAGAAAAAUUUUAUUUGAUUUGCAACAACCUGAAGAGGAACCUACAACUAUUUUUGUGGACAACAAAUCAGCUAUUUCCAUAGCUGAAAAUCCAGUUCAGCAUGGUAGGACCAAGCACAUUAAUGUGAAGUUUCAUGCUUUGAGAGAAGCUGAGAAGAAUGGAGAAAUCAAGCUGGUCCAUUGCACUUCAAAUUUGCAGCAGGCUGAUAUUUUUACAAAAGCAUUACCAAGAGCAAAACUUGAGUUCAUGAAAUCCUUGCUUGGUGUUUCCAAAAACAAUCUCAAGGAGGAGUGUUAG